CAAUUGGUCACAUGCCCUCGGUUUUGAAGGCACUUUUUGGAGUGGUGUUUUUGCAGCCUGAGUAAAUCAUGGAAGGGUGAUCUUAAUGGCUUUGAGGUUUUAAUACGUUCACUGUCUAUGGAUGCCAUUUUAUAGGAAGAAGAAAGCAGCAACUGAGGGCGAGUGUUGAAGACUGCAGGAGAUCCUCUCGUGUUCUCAGUUGGGAUUUUUCACAGUAGGCUCUGUCACGGACAGGGGAGAUGUCAAGUACAGCCAUGAAGAAAAAGGUGUUACUGAUGGGAAAAAGUGGCUCAGGAAAGACCAGCAUGAGAUCAAUCAUCUUCGCCAACUACAUCGCCAGAGACACUCGCCGACUUGGAGCCACAAUUGAUGUGGAGCACUCCCAUGUGCGAUUUCUGGGCAAUCUGGUGCUGAACCUGUGGGACUGUGGAGGGCAGGAUACCUUCAUGGAGAACUACUUCACCAGUCAGAGAGAUAAUAUCUUCCGCAACGUGGAGGUGCUGAUCUACGUGUUCGACGUGGAGAGCCGCGAGUUGGAGAAGGACAUGCAUUACUACCAGUCCUGUUUGGAAGCCAUCCUUCAGAAUUCACCUGAUGCUAAAGUCUUCUGCUUGGUGCACAAAAUGGACCUGGUUCAGGAAGAUCAGAGGGACUUGAUCUUCAAAGAACGUGAGGAAGACCUGAAGAGACUUUCACGCCCUCUGUUAUGUACCUGCUUCAGAACCUCCAUUUGGGAUGAGACACUUUAUAAGGCAUGGUCCAGCAUUGUCUAUCAGCUAAUCCCAAAUGUACAACAGCUUGAGUCCAACUUGCGCAAUUUUGCCCAGAUCAUUGAAGCAGAUGAGGUCCUGCUUUUUGAAAGAGCCACCUUUCUGGUGAUCUCUCACUAUCAGUGCAAGGAGCAGCGAGACGCUCAUCGCUUUGAGAAGAUCAGCAACAUUAUUAAACAGUUUAAGUUGAGCUGCAGUAAACUGGCUGCUUCCUUCCAGAGCAUGGAAGUGCGCAACUCCAACUUUGCUGCUUUCAUUGACGUGUUCACCUCCAACACCUACGUCAUGGUGAUCAUGUCUGACCCUUCCAUACCCUCUGCUGCUACCCUCAUCAACAUUCGUAAUGCCAGGAAGCAUUUUGAGAAGCUGGAGAGGGUGGACGGCCCCAAGCACAGCUUGCACAUGCGCAUGCGUUAGACAUCUAAACCCUCUCCUCAGCAGCUAGAGACAGAUGUGCCAACAUUUAGAGAAGAACUCAAAGACGCCGUUGCAGAUUCUUUUGCUUUCUGCUGAAUUUUUCUAGGUGAACUUUGUCCUGUCAGUUCAUGAACCUUAGUCUUAUAAGCCAGUAGCAAAAAAGGCAAGUAUUUUUUUAUAUAAACAGUUCAACAAUAAAAAUAAAGAAUAAAAUGUGCUUUGUGGUUAUUUCAUAUUAUUAUUAUUUUUUGAAGAUUACCUUAAGUUAUUGCUUUAUGACUGUGAUAAAAGUAGAAACUCCAAGGUUUUUCGUUAGCAUAUUUACUUAUUCAUGAGGCUCUGUGCUGUCUAUCCAUAUGCUGAGGUUUUCAUUAUAAAAACCUCUAGUGUUUAUAAUGUUAGUCAUGUUGGCACCUCUGUAUCUGGACACAGCUUAUAGUACUAAACAUUACUGAUUGGUCCAACAAAUCUUUAUAUCAUGAACAACCAUCUUUUUUUUCAAUGAAAUGAUUUAUUUAUUUUUUUAAUCAGACUGAAUGUUUUCAUUACAUCACCAGAUAGAAAUGUUGCAAUAGUGUAUUUUCUUGAAAGGGCUGUGGUGUGAAAGAAAAUCUGCAAUCUUUCCAUGCACAUCUGGUAAACACUGGGAUUCAAAUCGCAGUUUGUCACAGUCACGCUAUAUUGCAAAGGAGGAUUAAAAAAAAAAAGGGGAAAGAGAAGAAAAGUAACCUCUUUAGUUCUUUAAAACAUCUGUGGAUAUUCACUGCCUCUUGUCUGCACCUUUGUGUAGAUAUGUUGAAUAUUUUGCAGUAAAUGAAAAACCAGCAUCAUACAAGAGAGUUAUUUAUUAUACAAAGUCCAGUAGAAAAACAUAAAUAAAAUCUAAUAAAUAAAUCAUAAUUUUAGUUUUUAAAAAAAGCAAGUAAAGCUCCUGUUACUUAUAUAAUAAUAACACUGGCUGCUUACUUAGUUCCAUGUACAGAAUACAGAGGCGUGCUUAUCAUGUGUAAAACGUUAGCCCAGGCUUAUCUUGCUGAUUUAUCUUGAGAGUUUUGCGUAGCUCAGACAAGCACGCUGUUAAUCACGAGGAUUACUCGCAGCUCACAGGAAGAUGUUUUCUCUCGUAUAGUGAUCCAAAUAAGUUGAGAAAACACUAUAGCUUUAAAGGCUUUUUAAUUCCAGAUUAACAGAAACAUACUCUCACUGACACUUCAUUAGGAGCACCUCGAUACCUACAUAUUCGUGUUAUUAUUUAAUUAACCAGUUGUACAGCAGAAGCACAAUGUAUAUAAUCAUCCAGAUAGAGAGAGGUUGUGGUGUUGGUUCCAGAUGAGCUGGUUUGAGUGUUUCAGAAACAGCUGCUCUUCAAACACAACAGUUUCUAGCAUUUACACAGAAUGGUAACAGUUCUGUUGGUGGAAAAACCUUGUUGAUAAGAGAAGUCCGAGGAAGAUGGCCAAUAGGACGAAUGCAGUAGCUCAAAUAAGCACUCUUUAACACCAUGGUGAACUGAAAGGCAUCAGAAAAUGCUCAAAACAUCAAUUCUUGAAUGAGGUGAAUGAGCUUCAGCAGCAGACAACCACAUCAGCUUUCUCUUCUGUCAGCCAAGAACAAGAAUUUGAGGCUGUCAUGGGCACAAACUCACUAAAACCAGACAGCUGAAUACCAGGGGGGAAAAUCAGGCCUUUUUACCAGUUUUCAGCUGUCUAAUUUAGGUGAUCCUCUGCCCUUUAUGGUUUCAGAGUUCUGUUUUUGGUUGUCAGGAGUUUUGUUAGUUUUUCACACCAUGCUGCAUAAACUCUAGAGACUGUUGUGUGUGCGAAAAAUCCCAAGAGGUUAGCAGUUUCUGAAAUACUUAAACCAGCUCAUCUGUUACAACAAUGCCACAGAACUCACAUUUCUUCCCCAUUCUCAUAGUUGAUGUAAAGAGUAACUGGAGCUCUUGACCUGCAUCUGCAUGAGUUUUUGCAUUGUGCUGCUGCCACAUGAUUAGUUGAUGAAAUAAUUACAUAAAUUUGCAGGUUCCUGGGUUUAUUGAUUUCUAGUUCAGUCAUUAAUGGCUAUAGAUGUAAAAUCAUGUAAAGCACAAUUAAUUUGCCAUAGUCGGUGUGUCAUGUCUCAUGUUUUAAAUAAUGUAUGUAUAUAUAAUUGCUCUCGGUGCUCAGUCUGCCCUCAUGGAGCCAGAUUUUAGUUGCUUCAUUCCUUUUAGUUGCUAUAUUUAAAUAUUCAGUGAUGAUUUAUUGUUUUAUUGUGUGUGGCUUUUUAAUGUAAGACUUUUAUAGUGCACUUUUUUUGCACCAUGUGAAGAACAGAAACUCUUCAUGGUUAUUUCUGAAUAUCAGAAAAAAACAGAGGCCAGAGGCUCGAUAUCUAGCACCAGGAGCUAGUUUUACUGUCCUUCUAAUGUUUGUCUCAAAUAAAACCUUUUCAAUGCUACGUCAGUCAUGGUCAUUAGUCUAACACAUCAGAACGUGCCAGAGGGUAUUUCUCAGCCUGUGUCUGAUCACUCGUUCUUGUUUUCUCUUUUCUCCCU